AAACAUUUUUCUUUAAACCCUAGGACUAGGUACAGAAGACUCAAGCCUCCGCUCAGUCCCCUACACUCUCUGCUCACUCUCCUCUACCAAACUCCAGUGCUGCCUCCACUCUCUCUCUCUCUCUCUCUCAAUCUCCUCUUCUGGUUGCAGGACCAAGAAGGGUUUGAGCCUCUCCAGUCUCGGCGCUCACCUCGCCUUACCGGCGUCACCGAGUCACCGCGCUGCCUCUCGCCUCUCCACAUCUACGCGCUGCCUCCAGGCCUCCGCAUUGUUGAAUGCCCUCCAAGUUCUGCCAAUCUGCCCUCUUUGUUUGUGAAUCUUGACAUGAGUUUUUGUGAAUCCUCCAGCCCUGAACUUUGAGUUUUCUUUACUCCAUUUGCAAAUCCCCAGAGGAGCAAUCCGCCCUGUGGUUUCUUGCUUUAGAUUUUUGAUACUCGCAGAACUGCUUGAUUGUUUCGUCGGGACUUGGCUGGGGAGUGAUGCUGGUUCUCGGUGCCUGGGUGGAUCAGGAUGGGUAAUAGGGCGUGUACUCGGGUUUGGGCAACACUGCACUCCCUGCCAGAUUCUUGUAGCCCAGCUGGGGGUACCAAUCUGGUCUGUGUAACUGUAUUUGCUUCGUGUGAACCUAAAUAUCAAACUAUCUUAAAUCGUGUUCCGUGUGCUGGUGGGUCUAUUUUCACAACAUUGGUGAAACCCUACACUGUUAGGGCCGUUCCCGUCUACACUAAAACCCUAGAUUUCUGGCCUGGAGAUGGUGGGGUUUGUUUUUGAUCCCUCCAACGAAGAACACGACCAACCUCCAAAACUUAAGAGCUCAAACGACCCUCUUAACCCCUCCGUGUUUGAAAUUGACGAUUUUUCUUCAUCGCUAGCCGAUUCUUUUCUGGAUUUUGAUCCGAUAGAGGAUUUGCUUGAAGAAUUCCCUGACCUGAAUAAGAUUGGCUCGGAAAAAUUCGACCUUGGGGCUUUUGAGAAGCAUUUUGAAAUGAAUGGCAAGGAAAUGACUGCUAUAGAAGGCUGCGUUCAAGACCAAGCCAGUCGUGCAGUUUUGGUGGAAGAAGGGUCUUGUACAGAAAGCGGUUUUCAGGGUCCUGUUGUCACUGAGACUCUUCCUAAGGUGAAGAUUGAAGAAGGGUUAUGCAGAGAGAGCAAUGCUUUUGGUGGUUUAAGUUGUAUGGUGCAGAUGAAAGAUGGGUUGCCUGUUGAGGGCCAAACUCUCUCUGGGUCAAGCUCUGGGUGUGGUAAAGAAAGCUGCCUUGAGGGACUAAUUGUAGAUGGGUCUGACAAAUUGCGGAAAUUGGAUUGUCCUACUGAGGAAGAGAUGGGCAAGAUUAGUUUGGUUGAGGCAUCAGAUGAUUUUGUGGCUGUUUAUGGGGAUGGGAUGAAUGACAAGGAAAUGACUGCUAUAGAACGCUGUGUUCAAGACCAAGCCAUUGAUGUGACUGGUCGGGCAGCUAUAAUGGAAGAUGGGUCUUGUACAGAAAGCGGUUUUCUGGGUCCUGUUGUCAGUGAGACUCUUCCUAAGGUGAAGAUUGAAGAAGGGUUAUGCAGAGAGAGCUAUGCUGAGGACCCAACUUUUGGUGGUUUAAGUUGUAUGGUGCAGAUGAAAGAUGGGUUUCAUGGGGAAAGCCUUGUUGAGGGCCAAACUCUCUCUGGGUCAAGCUCUGGGUGUGGUAAAGAAAGCUGCCUUGAGGGGCUAAUUGUAGAUGGGUCUGACAAAUUGCAGAAAGUGGAUUGUCCUACUGAGGAAGAGAUGGGCAAGAUUAGUUUGGCAGAGGCAUCAGAUGAUUUUGUGGCUGUUCAUGGGGAUGGGAUGAAGAGGGGUGAAAUAUUGGGUGGCAAUGAUGCAAACAAGAGUAACUCAGAGUCUGAGGAUUCCAGUUCAUCGCCACUGUCAUCAUCUUCAUCAUCCUCGAGUGGUGGUGGUGAUUAUGAUGGGGAGGAGGGGGUGGUAAGCAUGAAGAGAGAGGUAAUUAUGGAAGGAGACGUUGAGGAAGGUGAGAUAAGGGAUUCUGAAGUGGAGGAAAUGGUUGAGUGGAGUGAGGAAGAUGAGGCGGAUGUGGAUGAUGGUGGUGGGGGUGGCAACAUUAUGAGAGGACCUCUUAUGUACAAGAAUGAGCUGAAGGUUCUUCCACCAGUUCCUCCAGUGAAAGUCACCUUGCAACCGCAUCAUCAAACCCUGCCUGUGGGAGUUGUUCUUUCAAUCAUUGGUGCCCAAGUCAUUGUAGAAGGUGUGGAGAAGCACAACCCUCUUAAUGAGGGUUCAAUCCUCUGGAUUACAGAGACCAGAUCCCCCUUAGGUCUUGUAGAUGAAAUUUUUGGGCCUGUCAAACAUCCUUAUUAUGUGGUGAGAUACAAUUCUGAGAAUAAAGUCCCUUGUGGGAUCCACGAAGGGACUUCGAUAUCUUUUGUUUCGGAGUUUGUGAACCAUGUGCUCCAUGACAGCAAUCUUUACAAGAAAGGUUAUGAUGCAUCUGGUGAAAAUGAUGAAGAGGUGUCUGAUCUGGAGUUUUCAGAUGAUGAAAAGGAGGCUGAGUACAGGAGAGCGCUGAAAAUGACUAAGAGGGACUUGAAUGAUAAGAAACUUGGGAAACAGAAUAAAAACAGAAAGAAGGUUAAAAAUAGGGGUGGGGCUCGAGAGCAGAGUCAAUCUUUGGUCCCAGAACAAGCAGCGUAUAUGAAUCAACUUCCUCCCAAUCAAAACCAGCAUCAUGCUGCAGCUGUUUCCGCACCACUUAAUCAGGGUAAUUGCUCGCGUUCUAUUGGUAGCAUGGGACCAACUUUUUCUGGUGGGAUGGGAUCAAUCCCAUCAUUUCCGGAGCUCACUCAGGCCUCUGGUUUCACUGCGCCAAAUGGAUUUUGGGCAAAUGAGUCAUCAUAUCAGCAGCAGACCACAGUGUUUCAUAAUGGAUCUCUGCCAUGCAAUAUGGUGUUCUCACAACAUAAUCAACAUCCUAAUCAAGUGCCUUUGCUGAACAGAAUGCCUUUUCAGCGGCCUUUUGAACAGACGGUACCUAAUGUUUUCUUGCAGUAUGUGCAGCCAAAUUUUCUUGUUGGAUCUGUAAAUGCACCUUGUCCUGGGUUUGUGGGUGAAAGUGGUUUCAAUAAUACACCAAUUGGGAUUGGUCAACAUAACCAACAUGCUCAGAGGCCUACACCAAUUGGGAUAGGUCAACAUGGCCAACAUGCUCAGACGCCUACACCAAUUGGAAUAGGUAUUGGUCAACAUGACCAACAUGCUCAGAGGCCUACACCAAUUGGGAUAGGUCAACAUGGCCAACAUGCUCAGACGCCUACACCAAUUGGAAUAGGUCAACAUGGCCAACAUGCUCAGAUGCCUACACCAAUUGGGAUAGGUCAACAUGGCCAAAAUGCUCAGACGCUUACACCAAUUGGGAUAGGUCUACAUGGUCAACUUGCUCAGCCAAUUGGUAUUGGUCUACAAGGCCAACUUGCUCAGCCACCUAUGCCAUUUGGGAUGGGUCUACAUGGCCAACUUGCUCAGCCACCUGCAAAUGCAGGAGAACCAGGAAUUCUGUCAAAUAGGUUGAACAUGGAACAUAGUUCUAGUCAGCUGCCACCUGCUGUUAUUCAAGGCAACAUUCAAGGUUCCCAGAAAUUUAAUGUCGGAGCUGCUUCUGGAAAGAAACCAUAUGGCCGAGGGGGCCGUUGUUUCCAAAGUGGGAGAGUUAGACAACAGUCAAAGUAAUGGAUGUUAGGUUGCUUGCUUUUGUAAGGUUGGAAUUUUAUGUAUGGGGUUGCCCUUAACAUUUUUGAAUUAAAUGCCAAUGUUGUUUACCUUUCAUCA